AUGGUCGUGAGUCAAAAGAUACCGCUCAAGCCGGGCUCUGGUCUAUCGGGAAUUGUAGCUCUCGGCUCGAAUGGCGAAGCUGCACACCUCAGUACGGAAGAGAGACAGCUCGUCACGACAACGGUCCGCGAUACCCUCAACCAAGAAGGGUACCAAAGCCUGCCAGUCAUUCGUUGCCACGAAGCUGCUGAGGCUGGAGGUUCCCAUGUCUUGGUCCUGCCACCGUCUUACUUCAAAGUCGCCAUGUCGCCGGAUGUGAUCAAGAAGUUUUACUCAACGGUGGCCGAUGCUUCACCCUUGCCAGUCAUCAUAUACAGCUUUCCCGCCGUCGUCAACGACAUCCACAUGAGCUCUGAGCUUAUAAUACAGAUCUCGCAGCACCCCAAUAUUGUCGGCACCAAGUUCACAUGUGGCGAUUCAGGCAAACUGGCACGUGUGGCACGAGCCAUGCAUAGUUCCAUCGAUGGUGGAUAUUGGGCUGUUGGUGGUUUAGCUGACUUCACCCUACAAACCAUGAUCGCAGGUGGCUCUGGAGUGGUCGCUGGAGGUGCGAAUUUAGCACCCAAGAUCUGCACAAGGAUUGUUGAAUUGUUUAAGCGACGAGAGUUUGAUGAGGCAAUGAGACUGCAGGCGAUACUGGCCAAAGGCGAUGGGAUUCAUACAGCUGCCGGAAUUGGUGCCACCAAAGCUGUACUGCAGCGCUACUUUUCGUAUGGAGGAGCGCCUAGACUUCCCCUGACCAUACCCCUUGUUCAAGUCAUGGACAAUGUAUACUCUGGGGUUGCCGAAAUGAUGGAAUUGGAAAAGAGCCUGUAG